GCCGUAUGUAAGAUAUCUAUAAACGGUAAUAAAAUAAACUAUGAAACAAAAUAAUAUUAAUGAAUCGAUGAGGGGAAAGAGACUGGUGCACACCCUGCCUAUUUAGGCAAUCAAGAACAUCCUCAAGUAUCACAAACUUAAACCCAUUUAGUGAAAUUUUAAAUUUACCACAUUCAAAUUACCUGUUACUGAUACAUCAUCACAUAGUAAGUAAGCACAAUAUGCAGAGUAGAUCCAACCUCAUUAAAAGUAUAAGGAGGUCUGGAGAUUCAGGUCGUGGAAGUUCUAGAUCCAGUGGAGAUAGAGGAAGUGGAAGAGGAAGUGGUUCUAGUAGAGGAGGAAGUAUCAGAGGAGGAAGCAUAAGAGGUGGAAGUAUUCGAGGUGGCAGUGUAGGAGGUGACCGUGGAGGUAGUUCACGAGGAGGAGAUGAUAGGUCGUCAAGGUUUAGAGAUGAUCAAUAUUCCAGAUCUAGAGAGAAUGAAAGACCCUCAAGAGGUCGUGAAGAACGUAACCCAUGGCCAUCUGAUUCAAAUAAUCAUAGUGGUGCUGCUGGAAGUUUGAAAGUUCAUCCAGAUAGAUUAAAACAAGUACCCGCACAUGAGCAAAAUGGUAGAAGAGAUGAUAGUAAUCGAGGUUUUGGAAAUAAAAGAGGAGAUGUUAGAGAAAGAAAUAAUGAUUAUAAUCAAGCAAGUGAUUACAGAAAAAAUGGGGAUGAUAGAAGAGUUCCAACCGCCAGAACUGGAGGAUUUGAAAAAGCAACUGAAUCAAGAAAUGGUAGAUGGACUAAAAUUACUAAGAAUCCAGCCACAAGUUUUUCAAAAGUUCAAGAUUUUCUUACUGAUAUUGAUAGUAUUUCUAAUGUAGAUGCUGUUGAAGUUUUAAAGAGUCGACUUAGUAAAGUUGAAAGUUAUCCAACAUUAGAUCAAAUUAAAAUUAUUGAUUCAGGUUGGGGAGUUAAAACUAAAGGAUUUGAAGAAGUUAGUGCUCAAAGAGCUAAAUUAUCUGGUUUAUUCCCCCUUCCAGGUUAUCCUCGACCUGUUGAUUAUACAAAAUUAGAAGGAGUAAUUAAUGAUAGAUUAGCCGAAUCAGAUAAUCUUUUACGAGAAACUUCUAAAAUUGAUCCAAUUGAUUCAAAGAAUUCUAAAACUUUAAUCUUUGGAAAUAUUAAUUUUGAUCAAAUUAAUUAUUUAAAACUUGUUGAUAAUUUUAGUAGUAUUUUAAAAAGUAUUGAUAUUGAAGAAUCAUCUACUUUUAAAGUUGAAAAGAAGAAAUUUACUAAAGAUAAUAAUCAUUUAAUUGUGGAAUUUUCUAAUCAUCUUGCUGCCACAAUUAUUUCAUCAUUUAAUGGUUUAGAACUUUCUUUUAAUAAAUUUAAAGAAGAUAGUGAACCAUUUAGAGAUGAUUCAUUAACUUUUACAAUUAGUAUUGAAAGACCCAAAGAAUAUGUGGUUCAAACUUUAUUACCAGCUUAUGAAGAAAUAUCUCUUGAUAAAGAUAUUGAAGAAAUUGUACUUGAUAGUCCAAGAAAAAUUACUAUUAAAGUUAAUACUUCAGCAACUGAAACUCUUAUAAUUCAAGAAUUGAAAAAAAUUGCUCCAAUUAAAGCUUUUCAAUUAUUAAGAGAAAUUGGUACAAAAGAAUCUUUAGGUAUUGGAUUUAUUGAAUUUUAUAUUGAACCAAAAGAAUUUACCACAUUAGAUGAAAUAACUAAUAAAAUUCAAGAAUAUAUUAAUAAAUCUAAAGAAAUUGAAAUUAUUAAUGAUGCAUUUUUUUCAUGUAUUAUACCAUUUGAAACUAGUAUACAAGAUUGUGUUAUUGAAAUGGAUACAUUAACUAAAUUAGCUACUAAUGAAUUAGUUAAAGCUACUCCAAAACUGAGUGUUAUUCAAUUACUUAAUAUGUUUAAUCCAAAAGAUUUAUCUGAUGAUGCAAAAUAUCAAUUCUUUAAACAAGAUAUUUAUCAAGAAGUUAUUAGAUUUGGUGAAGUUAAAUCAAUUAAAUUUCCUAGACCAGCCACUGAUUUUUUGCCUGGUCUUAGUCAAUUUAAAGAACCUGGUUUAGGCAAAAUCUUUAUUGAAUUUGAAGAUGAAUCAGUUGCUUUACAAGCAAUUGUUCAAUUGGCUGGAAGAACUUAUAAUGAUCGUACUGUUCUUGCUGGUUAUUUCAGUUAUGAUGAUUAUCAAAAGGGUAUCAUUUAAUUUAGUAAAAUUAGUAUUUGCUAUUAGUAUUUGCUUAUUAGUAUUUGCUUAUUACUAUUUGCUUAUCACUACUUGCUUAUCAAUACUUGCUUAUCAAUACUUGC